AUGACCACUGCGGAGGUUCAGGGUGGGAUUCGCAAGAACGAUGAAGAUACGGAUACACAGACCAUUCUACGCGUAAAGCGAAAACGCAUAGACAGUCCUGUGGAUGCGUUUGUGUUCCAACUAGGGCAAGAAAGAAGCAGCAAACGACACGGUACAAAUGACGGUGCACGAGGUGUAUUUCGCCUUGCCGAAACCAACCGAGAAUCGUCGUAUUCCGUAAAAGCACAUUCACAGGUACCUGCAGAGCAAAGUGCAUCAGCGCGUAUCAUUGAGGCAGAAUGGGAUGCUGCGAAGCAUAAAGUAGCGAUUAAACGCAAACGCGGCGCUGAUUCGGACGACAAAGAAAAGGAGCAGAAACGAAAGCAAGGCAAACCCGACGAGCCUGUGUUGCCCAAUAUGGAUCACUUUGCUGGUAUGCUUGCUGAUUACUUGAACUGUACGUAUCGACCAUUAUUUACGCCAGUCAACGAUGUCCAAGUGAUGGAGAAUACGUCCAACGAGUAUGUAUACGAUAUUUACUUCCGCGAAUUACUCCCACAAAAUUGGCGCGUACCUAGCCACAAAAAGAGUACCAUUCAGCGUGAGAGCGCCAGCCGAGGGCCGCCACAGAUUGGGCGAGCCAAGACAUCGCCAGCAAAGCACGCGUAUUCGCCUGUCCCGGCCCCCAGGGCCAGCGCAUCGGACCACCCGACGUCCGCUCCUGGCUUUGAGCACCUCUCCGCACUGGAGGAGAACAAUACGCAGGAAGACUGGGAAUCAGAGGCUGAUCUUUUUCCCAUAUACCUGCGACCGAUGGUCGACGAGCACGGCGAAACUAUCAUGAUGCCUGUGUCGCUGGAAGGAGAAAAACUCACCGAGAAUUCCCUCGUAUACGAUGAGCAAAAUGCACGCUCGUUGCUGGGCGAAGAUGAAGAUAGCAACGACGAGGAUUUCUACGCGAAUGACUAUCCAGACGGUGACGAGGAUGACAGCGCAUCAUUUUAA